AUGUAUCCUUUUCCUUCUGGCCAAAAUUUUUCAACAUCACUUCCACAAUUUGGAAAUGACCCGACACCAAUAAAUGUUCAAGAAUCUCCACUGUCACAAUUUUCUACUUUUAAUAGUAGAGAAGUCAUAGAUUUGAAUGAUAAUAGCGUUGAAGUUGAAGAUAUACGAGAAAAUAGUGUUCAAUGGAAAUGGGAGGAAGAUAAGCUUUUAAUCAGUGCUUGGUUAAAUGUCUCAAUUGAUCCACUAACCGGUACAGAUCAGAAGGGUGAAACAUUUUGGGAAAGGAUUCGUCAAUAUUGUGAAGAAAGCGAUCAUGGUCUUAUCAAAAGAGGGGUUGUAGCUAUAAGAGAAAGAUGGCAACGAAUCAAUGAAGGGGCUCAAAAAUAUGGAGCAUGUUUUGAGAAAGAACAGAAAUUAAUUGGAAGUGGCUCAAAUAUGAAUGAUAUAAUAGAGAAAGCCCAUAUUCUCCACAAAGAUACAUAUGCUAACAAUGAGACACCAGAUGACAAUAAUAUUGUGGAAUCCAGGGUUCGUCCUAAAGGCACAAAAGCUGCAAAGAGAAAAGCAAAGGGAAAGAAGAAAAUCAUGGAUGUGGAUGCUGAACGCUAUGAAAAAAUGACAGCGGUUCAAUGUAGGAAGUUAUCUUUAUUGGAAGAAUUUAACAAAAAUCAUGAAAAAGAAAUGGACUUAAAGAUCAUUAUGGCAGACACAAGUAUAAUGACUGAAGCUCAACGUGAAGUGCAUGCAUCGCUGGUUGAAGAAAUAAGAAGGAAAAAUAGGAAGUAG